AUGGACCUGAACAAUGAAACCUUCCUAGUCACGUUCUCCAGCGACCAAGACUACCUACAUGCUCUGACAGGAGGCCCUAGGGAGAUCCUGGACCACUACCUUGUUGUUCACCCAUGGUCACCCAAUUUCAGGGAAUCAGAUAAAACUCAUAGAUCAGUCACAGAGUGGGUACAAUUACCAGAACUCCCGGUGCACUUCUAUCAUCGAGAGGUCCUGUUUGCACUCGGUAAUCUUAUUGGCAGAACGGUAAAGCUGGAUUAUCAUACUGAGAAUCUCGAGCGAGGUAAGUUUGCAAGGAUCGUAAUUGAACUCGACAUGACAAAGCCCCUUCUGACGAGAAUCAGAUUGGACGGAUUCUGA